AGAAACAGUCUCCUUCUAUUCACCGAGUUUCUGUGGAACAUGUCGGGGCAAGUACCCUUACCAACAUGACGGCAAAACUCCUAAAUUCAUCGUUAAAACAUCGAAAAUACUGUGUGUUUAUACAGCUACAGAUCUAAUACGAUAAAGUCAUUCAAGUUUGUAGCUUUAAAGUCGCUAAAAUGUUGAUUUUGAGCCGCUUUGUGUCAUCUGGAGGCAGCAGGUUCGCUCAGCCCCCCUCCCUUUGUGUGACUCGGUCUUUAUGGGUCUGCCUUCAGUUAAAGUCCCCAAAGAGACAAAGCCCGUACAGCUCUGUGGACAGUGAGCGCUACUCUUCUCUAGUAAAGUCCGUCAUGUCAACCAGAGUCAGCUCCCAAACCCCAGAGAGCCUCCUGGCAGAGGACGAGCACGUUUACGGACCCGUUAUCAAAGCAGCUCAGAACCGGACUCCAACACCUGAGAUGAGGGGACCAAAAACCCUCCAUCCCUUCACACAAUCCGGGGACUAUCAGGAACCAGGAGAGCCCGAGGCAGGACCUCCCACACGGAUACCGUUGAACAGAAACCAGAACAGGUCCUCCGUUCCCAGUGUGACCCGAAUCCUCCAGCAGACCCUCUCCCAGGAACAGAUCUUCUACCUGGAGAGAUGGAAGAGGAGGAUCAUCGCAGAGCUGGGAGAGGAAGGCUUCAAAGAGUACACUCAGAGUAAGUCUGUAAUUAAAGUUAAUAUAAAUACAAUCAGAGUUAGACUGUAAUAAAAAAUAAAAUACAUCAGAGUAAGUGUAUAAAAAAUAAUAAAAAUACAAUCAGAGUAAGUCUGUAAUCAUUUAAUAUAAAUACAAUCAGAGUAAGUCUACAAUAAAAAAUAAUAUGAAUACAAUCAGAGUAAGUUUAUGAUAAAAAUUAGUAUAAAUAAAGAGAGCUGUUCAAAGAUUUCUGUGACAGAUGUUUAAAAGAGGUAUUGGUUUAUAUCUUUACAUUUCCUUAAAUAGUUUAAGUAUUUUUUUUAAUAAAUAACUGAGUUUCUUAACAUAUAAAGUCAGAGUGGAUAUUUCAUGAUUGUUGUGUAUUCUGUGGUCAUUGUUAUUCAGAGAAACAAAAUCACAAAAAACAACGUCAGGCAUGUCCAGACAUACUGACAAAGAAAGGCCCAGAGGACUACAACAAAGAAUAUUAUAAACAAUAUUCUCAUGGAUAAUGAAGCCUAACAAGGUAACCUAGAGGUGAGAACCAAAUUUGAUAAUAGAGAAUUGUUUUUAGUGUAAUUUGCAGCUGAUCUAAGACAUGGGUCAAAACCAACCCUUAACAGUUGGUGUGUAUUAAAAGCUAACGCAGGAGGAAGGUCAACUGAAAUGAAAGACAGAUUUGAACUCUGAUUCUGAUUCACUAUGACUCUUGAACUCUUUAAUACAAUAUUAUUAUCAAAAUAAUAAUUUACUGUAUAUCAAAUAUUGUGAUCAAAGUUAUUGGAAAAAAAGGGACUCAAAAUGUUGGACUGAUAAAAGGCAGAGUAGUUAAUCAGUUUAUCUCGAGUUGACCUGAGCAUUUUUAUAGGCAGGAUGAAUAAUAAAAUGACCGUGCAGUUUUUGCUAGGGAGUGACUGGUAUUGGUUUUCCAAUUCACCAAAGGCACCAAUUAACAGUACUUCAUGAGAAAUCAUCAUAUUUAUAAAGUUAAAGCCAAGCUCCUGUGGUUGAAUUUGACUAACUUCCUCAAAAGGUCCUGAAUUCCCGGCGAGAGUUUGUGCACCUUUAUUAACCUACUGGUCAUCACUAAAAUCACAUCCCAGGACUUUAUAUUCUUAUAUUUCUGUGUUCACAGUAAUGCACCAAAACACUUAGGCAACCCCCUCUUGUAUUUAAACCCUCUUUGUAAUAAGCCCUUAUUAUAAUCUUACAUUUUUAAGGCCUGAUUAACUCAAAAGGAACCAAACUUUGUUUCUUGUUUCAGAUUUAUUCAGACAAGGGAAGCUUUUCCACUCAGCUCUGGAGGACAUUCUCUCAUCAGGAUCAACAUGGAUGAAUAUAGACCCUUCAGAGACUCAGAAGUAUCCGCCCGAUGUGCAGGGAUACAUGCAGAGCAUCUCUCAUGUGCUGGAGGAAGUCAGUGCAGUGAGAGCCAUUGAAAGUACUGUGAAACAUGACACUCUGAACUACCUGGGAGUUGCAGACUGUGUUGCUCGUUACAGGUAAAUGUCCUGAUUACAAGACAAAGGUCUGAUUCUGAUUUGACUGUGCGGUUAAAACGUAUUUCUUUUUACUGUCUGCAGGGGCGUGCUGUGUGUUAUUGACUGGAAGACGUCAGAGAAGCCCAAACCAUUCCUGAGCAACACAUACGACAACCCCAUACAGGUGGCGGCUUACGCAGGCGCUCUGAAUAACGACGAAAACUACAAAUACCAGGUGAUCUGAUGAGAUAAAUAACAUGUACACCUAUUUUGAUCCUUGGUAAAUAUCCCAAAUGAAAACAGCCUCACACCCACCAAAACUGAGGACAAGCAAAGUACAAAUACAGUUUAUUUACUGCAAGCAUCCCAGUGUUGCUUCAUUGGUUCAAUUAUUAACGUGACAUAAAAGUCUCCAGAUUUAUUUUUACAUUAAGCACAUUUCAGAUCCUGCUGUUUUGUUCCUCUUUUGCUCCAGUUAAAAAAAAAUUGGAAAAGUGAACCAGGAGUCUUUUUUUCCACCAUCUCUUCGUGAGUAAUGACACACACAUUUCUACCACCUCUGCAUUCAGGUUGAAAAUGGUCUCAUUGUCGUCGCCUACAAAGACGGGUCACCGGGCCACGCCCAUCAGCUAAACCCUGAGCUGAUGCUGGAAAACUGGAAGUCUUGGCUGGUUCGUCUUGAAAAAUUCACAGAGCAGAGGUAAAACAGUCGAACCGAGUCUUACCAUCACUUUUGAUGUAUUUCCAAUAACACUAUUAUCAGAACAAAUGCAAAACAGUCACAUAACAACACAUCAAUGUCAUAUGAGCUACAAACUAAAAUUAGUCUUUGUUCUAAUAAUCUUUUUGCUUUUUUGUUUCAGACCCAAUCAGGCAUCGACCACCACUCCAGAAAAGAGAUGACUGAUCUGCAGAGGCACCUUUGUGUUGUAUCUAAAUUUAAGAGAAAGUAAUAGACUCUAAUGCUGCUAACAUCUAACAAGGACAUAUAAAAUCAUACAAAACCUGUCUUUAAGGUAGUUAAACCUAAUUUACUCGAAACCAUGCAGCCCUGUAUGAGGGAUCUUCAGUGAAGCCCAGGUUUUUGAAGAGCCUGUAGGAGAGCGUGUUGUCCUCCUCUAUGAAACAGUACACCGGGUAUCCCUCAGCGUGGAGCCUCUUAGCCAUGGUGUAGAUCAGGACUUUGGCGUAUCCUUUCCCCCUGUGCUCUGGCAGUGUGUACAGCAUGCCCAUAGCAGAGCUGCUAUACACCAGGAUCCAGGCCACAGGCUUCCCUUCAGCAUCCAGCAUGCAGCAGGACGGGAAAUGGGUGAGGAUGUCCUGAAUCAUCCUGAGAGCCUCAUCGCACUUUCCGAACUUCCAUGUUUGAUUCAGUAAGCUGAUGUGUGAUUCAUCCAGAGAGCUGAGUGAGACUCCUGAGCUGUAGAGGAUAUUAGAACCUGAGUUUUCUGAGCAGAAAUCUGUUAAACUGUGGACAGGCUCUGACUGCUGGAGCUUUAAUAUGUAACCAACAUAAAAACCUAAAUGCUCAUCAUCCAAACCCUCCUGUAAUCUGAGCCAUGGCUACUAAAUAAAAUCUUUGUUCUGGAGAUGAAAAAAAAGGCUGUACCUGUCUAUAGAGGGAAGGUUGGAAACAUCCUCCAGAAUCAUCACAUGACACACUCCGUGUUCAUGGCCGGGGACGCCUUUUUCUGAUGCAACAGUUCUGAAUACCUCCACGUGUUGGUGAUUGAAUUCUUGGAUAAGAUAAAAUAAAGAUAUUUAUUUAAUUUUAGGAUCAUUCCUAUGGAUUGUAUUUCAUUUAACAACUGAAAAAUGUGUUCGACCUAGUUUGGUUUGUGUAUCUCUAUUCUUUUUUUAGAAAGUGUAUUAUUUAAGCAAGAUUAAAGUUUUAAUUUUGUCCA